AUGACAGAGUUUCCUGACAUCGACGAGAAGAAAUGCCUCGAGUUUCUGUCGAAACUCAUCCAGAUCAAAAGCUAUUCGCAGACAGAUGGCGAGAUUGAAGCAUCAAAUUUUAUGGCCUCGCGGAUGAAAGAGAUCGGCCUUGAUGCAAACGUGUAUCCUUUCGACGAGGGCAAGCGCCAGAAUGCCGUCGGGACCUGGAAAGGAGUUGGGGGUCAGGAUGCUGCAGUCAAGACAGGCAAGACACUCCUCUUCAACGGCCAUCUAGACACAAACCCUGUCAGUGAGGGUUGGACCAUCGACCCUUGGGAAGGAAAGAUCGAUAAAGAUUUCAUCUACGGUAUUGGUGUCAGCAACAUGAAGUCUGGCUGCGCCGCCUACUUUUGCGCAGUUGAGACGUUAAAAGCUAGUGGAUGGCGGCCACGAGGAGACGUCGUCUUGACUUACGUUGUUGGAGAGCUGCAGGGCGGUGUUGGCACUAUGGCCUUGAUCGAACAAGGCAGGAUAAAGGCCGACUACUUCAUCAACUGCGAACCGUCGGACAUCAGAGCAGUCACGAUGCAUGCAGAAGCGCUCACCUUUGAGAUCAAUCUGAUUGGCAUCACACGCCACAUGUCUGCCCGGGAGGAGUCUACUGAUGCUAUACUGGCAGCUUGUGAGCUCGUUCCCAAGCUAGACAAGAUGACGUUUCGUGGGGCGAAGAGUCCGGAUCACGAGAAGUGCAAUCGAUGCUCGGUGGGCAUCGUUCAUGGCGCCCUUGGGAAAGAACUUGCGGAAUGGAGACCCGCACAAGUGUCCGAUUUCUGUAAGCUGGCAGGCAGUGCUCGGUAUGCGCCGGGACAAACCCAGGAGGAUGUCAUGGCUGAUAUCAAGGAGGCCAUCGAACAAGUGGUGGGCAAGUUUCCAGGCCUCACUUAUGAGCUGAAACAGAGAUUUGAACCAACAAUGCCUGCCUUCGAGACACCGAAAGACUCGAGGGUCGUCCGCUCUCUCAAUGAUGGCCUGAUGCGCAUGGUCGACCCUUUUACCAUCAUCGAACUUGCCUGA